AUGACCCGCGAGUUCAUGUACUUUGCUGAAGCUGUAGCCAAAGAGUUUAACCUCCCCAACGUUAUUUUCAGUACCACAAGUGCCACUGCUUUUGGUUGCCGCUCUGUAUCCGAAAAAUUCUAUGCAGACUUGAACUGUGUAGUCAUUGAGAAGGCAUCAUCAGCCCCUGCUUUCUUGAACAGCGAGGUUAAGCAAAUGGAGAAAAAGCAAGCAAAGAGAAGGAUAGUGUUAGUUCCAGUUACACUACAAGGACAUUUAACUCCCUUUAUGCAACUUGGGAAAGCCCUUAGCUUGAAGGGCUUCUCAAUUACAGUUGCUCAGGGACAGUUCAACCGAGUAAGCCCUUCACAAGACUUCCCUGGGUUUCAAUUUGUCACCAUACCAGAAAGCUUACCUGAGUCUGAACUGAAGAGACUCGGGUCGGUUGAGUUUACUAUAAAGCGCAACAAAAUCAACGAGGCAAGCUUCAAGGAUUGUAUAGCUCAGUUGUUGAUGCAACAUGGUAAUGAUAUAGCAUGCAUCAUCUAUGACGAGUUCAUGUACUCCUGUGAAGCUGCAGCUAGAGAGUUUAAGAUUCCUUGUGUCAUCUUCACCACUACAAGUGCUACAAGUUAUGUUUCACGAUGCGUUCUUAACAAACUCAAUGCCGAAAAGUUCUUCUCCGACAUAGAAGAUUCAGAGGUGCAAGAGAAGGUGGUGGAAAACUUGUAUCCGUUAAGAUACAAACACCUACUACCUUCAGGACUUGGUCCAUUAGAGCCACUUCUGGAGCUUCGUAGGGAAGUAGUCAACAAAAGAACAGCUUCCGCUAUUAUAGUAAACACGUCGAGCUGUCUAGAGAACUCGUCUCUGUCAUGGAUGCAACAAGAACUCAAAAUUCCUGUGCAUCCCUUAGGCCCUCUUCACAUUACAGCUUCAGCGUCUUCCAGUUUACUGAAACAAGACAUGAGCUGCAUUGAAUGGCUGAACAAGCAGAAACCGAGGUCAGUCAUAUACAUAAGCAUGGGAAGCCUUGCUCGCAUGGAAACUAAGGAAGCUUUGGAGAUGGCCUGGGGUUUGUCUAAUAGCAACCAACCAUUCUUAUGGGUCAUCCGAAGCGGCUCCAUCGUUGAGUCAUUUCCAGAUGAACUGAGUAAGAUGGUGUCGAAAAGAGGAUACAUUGUGAAAUGGGCACCGCAGAUAGAAGUACUUGCGCAUCCUGCGGUGGGAGGAUUCUGGAGCCACUGUGGAUGGAACUCAACGCUCGAGAGCAUAGCGGAAGGAGUGCCAAUGAUUUGUAGGCCUUUUCAUGGUGAGCAGAAGGUAAACGCAAUGUAUAUAGAAAGCGUAUGGAGUGUAGGAAUACAGCUUGAAGGUGAAGUUGAAAGAGGACAGGUUGAAAGAGCUGUGAAAAGAUUGAUUGUGGAUGAAGAAGGUGCAUGCAUGAGGGAGAGAGCACUUGUUCUAAAAGAGAAGGUCAAAGCCUCUGUGAGAGCUGGAGGCUCCUCAUACAAUGCAUUGGAUGAGCUCAUCAAGUACUUGAAGACAGACUAAGAAGCUGCACUUCAUGUAUUACAUAUCGUCGAAUUGUUUAGAUAAUCCAAACAAAAAGCAAUUCAAAUCUCUUCUGGUAGUUUGC